ACAUUAACCGGUUUGUUUGAAUAGCGACAACAAUGAGCAAUAAUAUCUAAAUUUCUCCCAAGUGAAAAAACAUAUACAAUUGAUCAGAUUUUAAGAAAAUGACUGCCGAUCGAAUAACUCUACCUGAUGCUCUACAAAAUGUGGAAGUGCUCGACGAAAUGAUAUUGCCGGACGAAACGCCAUGUAUCGAAGCUUCAUCAGUUGCCAUCCAUUACAAGGCCGAUUUGGAUACAAAUUUUGAGGAUAGCAGCGCUUAUGUUACCGGCGUAGCCAAAUAUAUUGAAGAGGCGACAAUUCACGCUAAGCUAAAUGAACUAUUGGAAAGAGGAGAGGAAUACGCUUCAAUGCUUUAUACAUGGAGAUGUUGUUCAAGAGCAUUACCUCAAGUUAAAUCAAAUGAACAACCAAAUAGAGCUGAAAUAUAUGAAAGAACUGUCGAAGUACUUGGAACGCACGUUGAUAAACUUCUACAUUUAAUGUAUUUCCAAGCGUCAGCCAUUGAUCGGUUUAGUAAUGAAGUUAAAAGACUUUGUCAUAGAGAGAAAAAAUACGAUUUUGUAUCGGAAGCAUAUCUAUUGACUUUGGGGAAAUUUAUUAAUAUGUUCGCCGUAUUAGAUGAAUUAAAAAAUAUGAAAUCAAGCGUAAAAAAUGACUAUUCAGCCUAUAGAAGAGCUGCGCAAUUCUUAAAAGUUAUGGCUGAUCCUGGAAAAUUGCAAGAAUCGCAAAAUUUAUCAAUGUUUCUCGCAACUCAGAAUAAAAUAAGAGAUACGUUAAAAGAGAAAUUACAAGAAAUACCAAAUUUUGAAGAUCUUAUAUCAGAAGUUGUCCAAUUAGCUGUACAUAUGUUUGAAAAUAAUUUCUACGUCAAUCCUGACGAGAAGCAUAUGCUAGUCAAAAUUAUGGGAUUUAGCUUGUAUUUAAUGGAUAGUAAAGAGACAACGAUUAAUAAGUUGGAUAAUAAGAAAAAAAUCAGUAUAGCAAGAAUUGAUAAGAUUUUUAAGCAAUUAGAGGUUGUUCCAUUAUAUGGAGAUAUGCAAAUUGCUCCAUUCAAUUAUAUUCGACGCAGUCCAAAUUUUGAACCAGCUAGAUGGCCUCUUUGUAUGUCUAAUCAGAUAUCGAGUCAAUCAAAUCUUUUGGAAUUUCUUCCUCAAAUGAGAGAGGAACAUACCCGUUAUAUCAGUCAGUUGGCGAGACAUCACAAUGAUGCUAUUACUGGUCAAAGAGAUAUAAUUAAGUCGGAUGAAGAAAAUAGAGAACUAUGCAAAAUGGCUUUAUUUGGUUUUAAAUUAUUAUCAUCGUGGACUUCUAAAGUAACCGAACUGUUUUCGUGGAAGUUACUACAUCCUACUGAUCAUCAUCAAAAUAAAGAAUGUCCUGCUGAUUCGGAAGAAUAUGAGAGAAGUACAAGAUAUAAUUAUUCUAGUGAAGAGAAGUUUGGUCUUGUUGAAGUAAUCGCUAUGGUUAAAGGACUACAAUCUCUUAUGUUUAGGAUGGAAGCAAUUUUCACCGAAGCAAUACAUCGUCAUAUCUAUACAGAAUUACAAGAAUUUGUACAAGUUCAACUCAGAGAACCUUUGAGGAAGAGUAUUAAAAAUAAAAAAGAAGUUGUCAGAACAAUUAUUGUGUCUGUGAGAGAAACUUGUGCUGACUGGUUUCGCGGUGUCGAACCAAACAACGAUCCAUCUCUUAAAGGAAAGAAAGACUCGGACGAUAGGCAAGUUUUAACAAUUAAAUUUGAUGAAGCAAGCCUUAAAAGAAAACAAACAAAAACAAAGAUUUCAAACAAUAAAUUCAAAUUUUAUGUAUUUGUUGGAAAAAAAGGCAUAAAAUUUCGAAUUUAUAUGAUAAAUGCAACGACAAUUGGAAGUAGUAUGCAUACAAUUCCAAAUGUAGUAGAAGCAACACCAUUUCAAAUUAAAGUACCUAGGCGUAAUGUCGGUCCAAGUAGCACUCAACUUUAUAUGGUAAGAACUAUGCUGGAAAGUUUAAUAUCGGAUAAAUCCGGUGGUAAAAAGACAAUCAGAAAGGAUAUUGAUGGAGCUCAUUUGAUGACAAUUGAUGAAUUUCAUAAAAAAUCUUAUUUUUGGCCUUAUUUACUUAAUUUCAACGAUACUAUUCAAAAUUGUUGCGACCUAUCCCAAUUAUGGUAUAGAGAAUUUUUUCUAGAAAUGACUAUGGGAAAGAGAAUUCAAUUUCCCAUUGAAAUGUCUAUGCCAUGGAUUUUAACCGAUCACAUACUUGAGAGGCAAGAUUACUCAAUGAUGGAAUAUAUAUUAUAUCCAUUAGACUUAUAUAAUGAUUCUGCCCAUUAUGCACUUCAAAAAUUUAAAAGACAAUUUCUUUACGACGAAAUUGAAGCUGAAAUGAAUUUAUGCUUUGAUCAAUUUGUUUAUAAACUAAGCGAAAUGAUAUUUUCUCAUUAUAAACACUGGGCUGGUAGCGUUAUGCUAGAUAGAAGAUUCAGGGCUGACUGCUUUGCACUUGGAACUGUCAUACCCCAAUCUAGUCCCAAUCGAUAUACGACUUUACUCAGACAACGACAUAUUCAAAUUUUAGGUCGAUCUAUAGACCUUAAUCGUUUAAUUGGUCAAAGAAUUAAUGUUUCUCUUCAGCGAUCAUUAGAUGUUGCUAUAAAUAAAUUUGAAAGUAGCGAUAUAACUGGAAUAAUUGAACUGGAAGGACUCAUUGAAGUUAACCGUCUAUGCCAUAAGUUUUUGAGCAAAUAUCUCAGUUUAUCAGAAUUCGACGCCAUGUUCCGCGAAGCCAAUCACAAUGUGUCAGCACCUUAUGGACGAACUACUCUACAUGUUUUCUGGGAAUUAAAUUAUGACUUUUUACCAAAUUAUUGUUACAAUGCAGCUACUAAUCGAUUUGUUAAAACUGCAAUGUCAUUUACAAAACCCAAUCCAAGAGAUAAGUUAGCCAGCGUCGCUCACCACUACCUUUGGGGUACCAAAGCUUUAACAAUAUCAUUCGGCGCCAUCUAUGGUUUAUACAGUGGCUUCGUUGGACCUUCUCACUUCAGAGCCAUCUGUAGACUAUUGGGAUAUCAGGGCAUUGCAGUGGUUAUAGAGGAACUUUUGAAAAUUAUAAAAUCCUUAUUACAAGGAUCGCUAGUCGAAUAUGUUAGAAAGUUAAUGCCUUUGAUGCCAAACGUUUGUGGGUUGGUGAGAACCGAUAAAGGAUCAGAAGGUGCUUUACACUACUAUUAUGCUCAGUUAAGCGAAGUUUUAAAAUUUAACGAUUUAAGAACUGAAGUCUUGCAAAGUUUCCGUGAAAUUGGUAACGCUAUUCUAUUCUGUUUAUUGAUUGAACAGGCUUUGUCGCAAGAAGAAGUUUUAGACUUAAAACAUGCAGCACCUUUCCAGAAUAUUAUACCAAAACCGUUCUUACAAUACAAGGAGGGAGAGUCGAAGAGAGAAAGAGAAGCAAAUAUGAGAGCGAUGAUGAAAAAAUUAGAAGCACGUUACGCCGCUCUACAAAUUGUACCAUUAAUAUCAAAACUUGGAACACAAAAACAGGCGGAUUUAGCCGCCGAAGGCGAUUUAUUAACAAGAGAGAGAUUAUGUUGCGGUCUAUCAAUGUUUGAAAUUGUUUUAACAAGAAUAAGAUCGUUUUUAGAAGAUCCGAUUUGGCAUGGUAUGGUUCCACCAGCUAACCACGUGAUGCACGUUGACGAAUGUGUUGAAUUUGAAAGAUUGUGGAGCGCAAUUCAAUUCGCCUAUUGUAUGCCAGUCACCGACAAUGAAUUUACUAUUGAGAAACUAUUUGGAGAAGGUCUAAAUUGGGCAGGAUGCGCUCUUAUCGUUCUUCUUAAUCAACAAAGACGAUUCGAAGCAUUAGACUUUUCGUAUCAUCUUCUGACCCUUAAUAGAAUUGAUCAAAAGGACGAAGUUUGUCGUGGGAUACCUCUAAAGAGAAUGGUUGACAGAAUAAGAAAAUUUCAAAUUCUCAACAAUCAAAUUUUUGCUAUUCUCAACAAAUACUUGAAACCGAAUGAGGCUAAUGAAAGCCUACCUUUCGAACAUGUUAGGUGCUUCCAACCUCCAAUGCUUCACAGGGCUAAUGGCGUAUUAAGAUCGUAA